UAUCAACCGGAAGCAUCUGAAAAGGAACUAUUAAACAUGUAACAACAUAUGGAUGGUUUUGUAAAGUAAGAAAAUUCAUUAGAGGCACCGUAGCAAUACCCACAUCAGACGAUGAGUACUGCAGUAUCAAUUUUGGGUGCAUCUAUUUUAGCAUUGUUAUUAGCUGGGUACUUAGGCCAACAAUUCUUACCUCCACCAAAGCCUAGGAUAGUCGGAAUUGACCUCGGAACAACAUUUUCAUGCAUUGGAGUGUACCACGCUGUUACAGGUGAUGUAGAAGUGAUAUUAGAUUCAGCUCACCAUAAGACAAUACCAAGUAUGGUAGCUUUUACUCCAGAGACUGAGCUGGUAGGGUACUCAGCCCUAGCCCAGGCUGAGCAUAACCCAGCUAACACAAUAUAUGACGCCAAGAGAUUCAUUGGCAAGAGGUUCUCACCUGAAGAAUUUGUCAAAGAGGCAGAAAGGUACAAUUUUAAGUUGAAAGAACACAAUGGAUUGAUUAGAUUUGUGGUGGGAAAAAGUGGAAAUACUACAGAAGUAAGCCCUGAGUACAUAGGCUCCAGAAUACUGGCAGAGUUGCGCAGAACUGCUGAAGCAAACCUCACUAGUAGUAUCACAAAGGCAGUGAUGUCGGUGCCAGCAGAAUUUGAUGACAUUCAGAGGAACUAUACCAUCCAGGCAGCUAAACAAGCAGGUAUAGAAGUAUUGCGACUGAUCAAUGAACCCACCGCAGCAGCUCUGGCCUAUGGCCUGCACGGCAAGGAAGGUGUGGAGAAUGUCCUUGUCGUGGACCUGGGUGGGGGGACACUGGAUGUGUCUCUACUCAAUGUGCAAGGUGGAAUGUUCCUAACAUUAGCCAUGGCUGGCAAUAACCAUUUAGGAGGGCAGGACUUCAACCUUAGGCUAAACCAGUUCAUGCAGGAUUCCAUUGAACGCAAAUUUAGAAAACCUUUAACAAAUGCAGAAGAUAUACAGCGAUUAAGGCUUUUUAUAGAAGACGUAAAGCUUAACCUCACGAGCAAAGAGUCUGUCGCAGUUUCCCUUUCUUUACCUUCAAUGGGUGAGGGCGCUAUUUAUAAUGUUAAUGUCACACGUGCACAGUUUGAAAAACUUAAUGAGGACCUUUUCCUCAAGGUGUUGGUACCAAUCAAAAAGGUUUUAGAAACUAUUGAAUUGACACCGCAGGCUGUUGAUGAGAUAGUUUUGGUCGGUGGGUCUACCCGGAUACCAAAAGUGCGUUCACUCAUUGCGGAAUUUUUUGGCAAACAGCCAAAUGUUGGGGUGGAUCCCGAGUUGGCAGUAGCUUAUGGUGUAUCUAUCCAAGCAGGUAUUAUAGGAGGGAUGUGGCCACUCCAAGUUAGUGCAAUAGAAUUGAAUACUGGUAUAAAGAAGAUAAAGGUUGAAUAAUGGAUGGAGAUACAGUAUGAUACUUUAAUUUAUUUUUAAAAUAUUUAAAUUGCUUAGAAAGUGUAUUGUGCACUAUAAUAAAAUUUAUUCUAAUUUUGAAAUUAUAUAUCAACUUUAUUUCAAGAAGUAUUUAUAAUUUGUGAGGUCUCACCAUGAAAUGAGAC